CAGAGCAUCACUUCCGUGUUUACAUGAUGAAACUGUGUAAAACGAUAGUGAAAGCUGACGUAUCCUUCAGUGGUAUUUAUUUGAGAAAGAAGCGUGUGCUGCAUUAGUGUUUAUUCCUGAUAUUGAAGAUUGUGGACAGCUUCUUUGGACAAGUGAUUCAGGUAUAAUGAUGCGUAACCGACAUAGGGGAUCCAAUCUUGGCCUGCUCUUGCUGGCGUCUCAGGUUUUCCAGCUUGGCUUUGACAACAUCCCACCUGUUACUCUGGCAACACUGGGACUCAAUGUUUAUUUGUUCCUGUUUCCAUUCAAGCCCCUCCUACAGACAUGUUUGAGUGUUCAGCAGGCAUACUGGUACAGAGACUGGAAUCGUCUGCUGUUGUCUCCAUUUCAUCAUGUCGAUGACAUGCACCUGUACUUCAACAUGGCCUCCUUCCUUUAUAAAGGCAUCAAGCUGGAGCGAAAACUGGGAGGGUACGGGUUUGCAUACCUGCUGUCCGUCUUCUCCAUGCUCACCGGAUUGGUCUACCUGCUCCUGGAGGCAGGUCUGACACAGAUGACAGAAGAUUCGUCGUAUAGUAUGCAGUGUGCAGUGGGAUUCUCGGGUGUUCUGUUUGGACUGAAGGUGGUGAAUAAUCACUAUUACCCAGGUGGGGUCACGUACAUCAUGGGACUGUCUGUAGCCAGUCGCUAUGCCUGCUGGGUGGAGUUGAUCCUUAUACACAUCAUGAACCCAGGAACCUCAUUUGUUGGACACCUGUCUGGUAUUCUAGUCGGGCUGCUCUACACAUCUGGACCACUAAAGAGAGUCAUGAAAACAUUUUCAGGAUUUGUAACAUCUAGUGGCCAUUAUGAUCAGCAGACAUACUACAAUUCAUCAGGUUACAGUGGAUACGGGAUGCCAUAUCCUCCAAAUUCCUCCUAUGAUCAGCAAUUUAAUUCCAGACAGAAUAGUGCCCCCUACAGGGAACCAUUUGAAACACACAUGCCUUCUGCGCCUCCCCAGCACCCCUACUCAGCUGGACUCUCAGAAGAGGAGCAGUAUGAGGCAGCUAUCAGGGCCAGCCUGAACAACAGUGGGGGUGCUACGCAGUCCAGAUCAUCACAAAAUGUUUAUGCCCAAAAUAAUCCAAGCACUGAAGAGAUUCGCUGGCGACGACUUCAGAGGUUUGACAGCUGAGCGCCUAGAGAAUAUCUGACAAACAUUGAGAUCUAAUGCAAUAUUGUUUACAGUAAAGAAAGCCCAAAAAUAAUCAGAGGUAGUGUGAGAUGAUUCUUCCACCGCUGAUUGGAGAUCAAAUGGAAUAGCCUUUAUGAGGUCAUCGGUGGAUCCCCAUCGGUAUGCAUCUUCUCUAGAUGUGUGGGAAGUUUGCAAGGCAGUUUCCUGUAUUUCAGUUCAUGCAUGGAGUCCGCAAAAAGCUUAAAAUAAUUUUAGCACUUCUUUUCAUACGCUGCACAGUUAUUUUGCUUAAAAUGCAUAAUCAUAAAGGAAUUUUUUGUGUGUGUGUGUUUCACUGAGGGUGAGCAAAUUACAUAAUUUUCAUUAUUGGGUGACCUUAUCCGUUCAGUGUUUAUCAAAAGUAGAUAUUAAUGAAAUGUACAUCUAUGACACAUUGUUGUAAAUGCAUUAACUCCAGUAUUCAGUAUGUUGAUGUAUAUGCAAACAUAUGACUUUGUUUCAAUGUGCCAACAACAUGUCUUAAGUCAUUGAUUAGCUGAUGCCUCUGUUGCCUGAAUGUAAAUAUGCUAACUUGUACUUUUUCUUCUUUAAGGAAAUAAGUUUUUUGUAAACAAACAAUAAACAUUAUAAAGUUUUU